AUGGCUCGUCCAUUGGUAAUUCGAGGUCUGCUGGGGGUGGGGGCGCUUAUACGCGACUCCGAGGGUAAAUGGGUUGUUGGAUGUCAUCGUUUCAUUGGCUUCACCACUAACAUAAUUGCUGAACUUUGGGCUUUACGUGAUGGUUUACAUCUUGCUCAUCAAUUGCAUAUUGAUUAUCUAGUUUUGGAAGUCGAUGCUCUUUCUGUUAUUAGUCUUCUUCAUAAUGCUGAUUGUCGAAAUUUGUCUCUACGUUAUUUGGUGACCGAUUGCAGGAUUUUAUUGGCCACCUUUCAGCAUAGUCGUCUUUAUUUCACAUCUUUCGAUCGGUGUGUCGGUGCGCUCGCCAAAAUGGGUAAUAACCCAAGUUCUCUUUGGAAUUUUAAUUUUCGCACUGAAGCAAAUCAUCUUGUUAUGCAUUUAGAUUUCCCUUUCUUUUAUGUGCAAAUUUGUCAAUGCUGA